AAAAAAUCAAUAAUUUCACGGAACCCCGCGUUUGGACUUAAACAAACCUGAAACAAACCAACUACAAAAAGUCGCCAUUGAACGCUAGAUGGCGCUGGUGAUAACAAUAACAAUACACGUGUAAAGUGACUUGGUUGAAAAUGUUUGAGGAGGCCAAUAUAAGAAAACGAGGGAAACUCGCUAGUGAUUUGACUCCAUUUGGCUCGGCCGUUGGAAUGACGGAUAAAAACGGUUACAGCCAGUCUUGGAAAUUCCCUUUACUUCCCUCUUUAAUUAGUUUAGCUUUCGGCUUUAUAAUUCUCAUGGGAAUUUCAAUGUUAUCGGACCAUCGACUACCAAAUCCAAUCUUGCUGAAAGAUUCCAGUUCUCACCCUGGAGCUUUCGUUGGAGAGCGUGCUUAUAAGCACCUAGAGAGAUUAACAAGCAUCGGUCCCCGAGUGGCUGGCAGCUAUGAGAAUGAAAUCAGAGCUGUUGAUUUGCUUAUGAGAGAAAUUGGGUUCAUAAAACAAUUUGCCCAUCCUGCUCACAAAAUCACCAUGGAUCUUCAAAAACCUUCUGGUGUCAUGACUCCAGUUGCUCAUGGGUUGGAUCACAACACAAUUUAUCAUUCACUCGCAAAUGUCAUUGUCAAAAUUGAAGAUAAAAACUCAACAGAUGUGAAUGCAGAAGAAGCAUUGUUAAUCAAUGCUCAUUUUGACAGUGUUCGUGGAAGCCCAGGUGCGAGUGACAAUGGUGUCAGUGUUGCAGUGGCUCUUGAAGUACUGGAGGUGCUCUCUCGUGGAAAAGAACCCACCAAACAUCCAGUGAUCUUUCUUUUUAAUGGUGCAGAAGAAAAGGGCAUGCUGGGUGCGCAUGGCUUCAUCACGCAACACAUGUGGGCAAAACAAAUCGGGGCCUUCGUAAAUCUAGACGCUUGUGGAACCGGAGGCAGAGAAAUUGUUUUUCAGGCGGGUCCCGGCAAUGCGUGGCUUAUAAAGGCGUACGCGGCAGCUGCCCCUUAUCCCUUCGCAAACAUCGUCGGCCAGGAAAUCUUUGAUGCAAAGUUGGUGCCUUCUGACACCGAUUUCAAAAUCUUUCGAGAUUUUGGCAAAAUUCCAGGACUCGACCUCGCGUAUUUUAAGAACGGUUAUGUCUACCACACGAAAUAUGACGAUAUCCAGCACGUUUCAUUAAGCUCAGUGCAACGAGCUGGUGAUAAUUUACUUGCUUUAGUUUCUAACUUGGCCAAGUCUGAUUGGCCAUCUGUUCGAGAUUCUAGCGACAUUAUUAUCUUUUUCGAUUACUUGGGAUUGUUCAUGAUCACUUUCUCCAACUUAUCGUGGCACCUUUUAAAUAUCACCCUGAUUUCCCUAGCAUUUUACCAAUCUAUCGCCUGGGUGACUAUCCAAGACGCUGACUCUCCUUCCGGCCGGAUUGGCACUGUUUGCAAACAAGUCGUUUUUAGUUGUUUGACAGGUGUGUUUCAAAUGUUGGGUGCGUUUUUCACGGCCUGGCUGGUGGUGGGUGUUAUGACGUUGACUGGGAGCACAAUGUCGUGGUACAGUCUCCCUCACGUCCUCAUGGGGUUGUACGGAUUGCCAUCUCUGGGCAUGUCACUCUUCCUCUUUCUCCAAGUGUCGGCAGCCCAAGAACGAGCCCUGAAAUCCAGUUUUCUAGUGGAACGAGUUCAAUUCGAAGGCGCUAAAUUGAACCUGAGUUUGAUUGUUCUCCUCACCUACAUGUACGGUAUUCGAUCCAAUGUACUUUUACUCCUCUGGCUGGCUUCGGCCAUCUUUGGCCGAUGGUUUUUGGACAAGAUUUAUCAAAGAAAAAGAAUAGAUGGCGGUUGGCUUCUUCUUCACUUUUUCUCGUUUGCCGUUCCCAUUUUACAAACUCUUUACCUCUCGGACAGCGUUAUUGCACUUUUGGUGCCGAUUUCCGGACGGAAUGGCAUCCAUACCAAUCCCGAUCUGUUAGUCGCCAUGGUGACGGUUGCAUUUGGAUUGGUGAUCACGGCGUUUAUCUUCCCCUUGACGAGUUUAAUACGCCAUGCCCGCCGGAUCUUGUACGUUCUGUUGGCCGGCCACCUUCUGGUUGCCAUCGGAAUAAUAUUCACUCCGUUGGGGUUCCCUUACUCGGCCGGCCUUGUUGAAGUUAAACCUCAGAGAGUCCAAAUUCUGCACGUCGAGAGGACCUUUUACGAGUCGAACGGGUUGGUCCGCCGGCGGGAGUCCGGGUAUUGGCUCUUCGGUUGGGAUCAUCACAUUAAACCGGAAUUGCUGGCGCCACUGGAGCCAAAAGAGGGCGUCCAACUUGUCGACGAAUCGCACUGUCACACCCUCCCAUAUUGCGGUCUGCCUUAUUACUUCCCUUCACUAAAAAGGAUUCGAUCUUCCUAUUGGGCGCCGGCUCCGCAACCAUUAAUUUAUCAUCCAGCCAAAAUCCAGCUGAUUGAUCAAAAGCUUUCUGGCAUAGAUAAACGAAGCCUAACCUUUACGCUGACGGGUCCGGAUCACAUGACUCUGUUGAUAUGGCCCGUCAAGGGAGUUGAACUAGUCGCCUGGUCCGCCAGCCAGGAGUUGCCGCUGCCCGAUUCUUUCUACACCGAACGGCCGCUUUAUUUCGUGACUUACUUUUACGGCGUUCAGCCCGACGUCCCUUACGAAUUAACAGUCACUUUAAAGGUCCCACCCUCUUUGAGUGGGAAGCAAGUGUUGGAGAUGGCGGUGACGAGCCACAUCCUGCACGGACACGAAUCCAUAGAAAAUGAAUUUGCCAACACCUUGAAGAAGAAGUUUCCGCCGUGGAUGUACGCUCACGGAUGGACCGCCACCUACUCACACUGGUUCUUUUAAAAAAAAACGAAAAAGAUAAAGGCGAUUCUAAGAAAAGUCAGCUCAGCUGUUUUGUCUAAUACCGUACAACGUCGAAGAAGAAGAAGCACCUCACACCCAAAAAAUUGAUGUUUCUUUUUUUUAUUUUUUCGAAAAUUUUUCUUCUUCUUUUUCCAUUUUCGUCGUUUUUCUGUUGUUUUCCAGAGAAGUUUAUUAUACGAAUUGAUGAUGCAUGUGCUUUAUGAGUGAACCCGCGAUGGGUCCAUCAAACAUCCUUGUUCUCUGUGCCAAACUCUGUGUGUGUUUGCGUGUAUACCGUGUGUUUAGAUGCUGUGCUUAACCGUCAUCACAUUUUCGCAGUCCAGCGCUUAUGAUUUCUUCUUCCAAACGUCUUUUGUAUUUUCCCCCCUAUUUUUCUGUUCAUCUUUUUUUUUUUUAUAUUUUUUUCGUUAACUUUUGCUCCCAGUCUUCCAUUACACGCGUCAAUUUGCCAGCAGACAAUCCCCCGUCGAUUUCGACCGGUUCUUUCUCUCUUUUUUGUUGUUUCAUUUUCAAAUUCCAUUUUGUUUUUGGUUUUAUAUAUUUCAUUUCAGAAUUUUCUUGGGAUUCUGUUGAUUUCUUUUGUUUUUUCCUGUUUGUGCUUGAGGGAUUGGUAUAUUUUUGGUUCUCUCUCUUCUAUGUUGGUCGUGGCCUAGGCUUCCCCGCGGCUCAUCCCAGACUUUUUGAUCACGUGAUGAAGAUGGAUUGACAGGAGCGAGUCAUUGCUGCGGUCUGAUGUUGCUGCCUCGCCUCUUCUUAUGCGUCAAAGGAGCCCCGGAGAAAAUGGGCGACUAGGAAAUCAAGCCUGGAAUAUUUUCUCUUUUUUACUAUUAUUUUUGAAUACAGCCCAGGCAUUGAUAAAUAACCCUCCUCUGAGACUGGUACUGGCACUGAAUAAAGAACAAAAACUGGAA